AUGCAUCUGCUGGUGGCCGCCUGUCUGGCCGCACUGGCCCGUGCCGACGGCCCGGCCCCUGCCGACCCACACCAACUGCCGGCUGCCCACACGGCCGGGGAGCACGGCCGCUACGCCCACUACGCCAUCGUCAGCCAAGAGCACAUGCAGCCGGGCGACGGCUCGUACCAGUCGAGCUUCCAGACGGAGAACGGCAUCUACCGUGCCGAGAACGGCAGCCCCCGACCCGGCUACGGCGCCGGUGAGCACGGCCAGCCCGCCGGCGGCUACGUCCACCAGGGCAGCUGGAGCUACACCGACGACUACGGCCAGCCGGUGAAGGUGGACUUCGUGGCCGACGAGAACGGCUACCGGCCCAACAGCGACAUCCUGCCGACACCUGUGCCGACCCAGUACCCGCUGCCCGUGGUGCCUCAGGUGUACCAGGGCGAGGGGGCUUACGGCCCGGCUGCGUCCAGUCACAAGGCUCCAGCUCCUGCCAGCUACAAUAAGGCCGCUACUGCCACCUACAGCGACCCAGGUGCCGCCAUCUACAGCAGCCCAGCUGUCGCCACCUACAGCAGCCCAGCUGUCGCCACCUACAGUGGCCCAGCUCCCGCUACCUACAGCGGCCCACUGGUGGCCGCCUGUCUGGCCGCACUGGCCCGCGCCGAGGGCCCGGCCCCUGCCGACCCACACCAACUGCCGGCCGCCCACACGGCCGGGGAGCACGGCCGCUACGCCCACUACGCCAUCGUCAGUCAGGAGCACGUGCAGCCGGGCGACGGCUCGUACCAGUCGAGCUUCCAGACGGAGAACGGCAUCUACCGUGCCGAGAACGGCAACCCCCGGCCCGGCUACGGCGCCGGUGAGCACGGCCAGCCCACCGGUGGCUACGUCCACCAGGGCAGCUGGAGCUACACCGACGACUACGGCCAGCCGGUGAAGGUGGACUUCGUGGCCGACGAGAACGGCUACCGGCCCAACAGCGACACCCUGCCGACACCGGUGCCGACCCAGUACCCGCUGCCCGUGGUGCCUCAGGUGUACCAGGGCGAGGGGGCUUACGGCCCGGCGGCGUCCAGUCACAAGGCUCCAGCUCCUGCCAGCUACAGUAAGGCCGCUACCGCCACCUACAGGGGCCCAGCUGCCGCCACCUACAGCAGCCCAGCUGUCGCCACCUACAGAGGCCCAGCUCCCGCUACCUACAGCAGCCCAGCUGCUGCCACCUACAGCAGCCCAGCCUUCGCCACCUACAGCGCCCCCGUUCUCAUAAGUUACAGCGGCCCAGCUCCCGCUAGCCACAGCGGCCCAGCUCCCACUAGUUACAGCGGCCCAGCUCCCGCCAGUUACAGAAGCCAAGCUCCCGUUAGCUACACCCCCGCUGGUUAUAGCGGCCCAGCUCACGCUAGCUACAGUGGCCCAGCUCCCGCUAGCUACAGCGGCCCAGCUCACACACAGCACAUCGGCUCCGUCCAGACACAGCACCUCGGCUUCCACCAGCUACAGCAGCACAGCUCCGGCCAGCUACAGCACCCCAACUCCGGCCAACUACAGCACCACAGCUUCCGCUGUACACAGCACACCGGUUCCGGCCAGGCAUUACAGCACCACGGCUCCCACCUCCUACCACGUCCCAUCAACUGA